UAUAUAUAUAAAUUACGAGUAUACACUAUCUCACAAAUAGCAUUUUUUUUAACACAUAAAUAGCAUUUUUAAAGAAAUAGUUUUUUUUAAGAAAAGAAAAAUAAUUUAAAUUCAAUCGCGAUAAAAAAAAAAAAUUAAUAAGUGUGAUCACAAUGGGGGUAACAAAUGGCAAAUAUGACGUUGACUUUUCUGAAGAAGUAAAUUUAUCACACUUUAAAUUAUUACGAGUUGUUGGUCGAGGAGCAUUCGGAAAGGUUCGAAUAGUUGAAAGGAAAGAUAAUAAAAGAUUAUUUGCUCUAAAAUAUAUUUCAAAAGAAGAAUGCAUUAGAAUGGAAGCUUUACGAAAUAUAUUUAGAGAAAGGUCCAUGUUAGAAGAAUUGGAUCAUCCAUUGGUGUGCAAUUUACGUUUUGCAUUCCAAGAUGAUGACUAUAUGUACAUGGUUAUGGACCUUAUGAUGGGUGGUGAUUUAAGGUUUCACCUUAAUAGAAAAACUUUUACUGAAGACGCAAUACGAUAUUGGAUAGCAGAAUUAGCAUGUGCAAUAAGAUAUUUACAUUCAAAAGGAGUUGUUCAUAGAGAUAUAAAACCUGAUAAUGUUCUUCUUGACGAUCAAGGACACGUACAUAUAACAGAUUUUAAUAUCGCGACGCAUAUAAAGCCGGAUAAGCCUUUAACAUCACAUUCUGGAACAUGUGCUUAUAUGGCUCCAGAAAUGUUUAGAAAUAACGGCUAUGGAGUCACAGUAGACUGGUGGUCCCUUGGCGUCGUAUUAUAUGAAUGUAUAUAUGGAAGGCGUCCAUUUGAAUGUGAUAAUCAAGAAGAAUUAAAAAAACUGAUAUUAAAAGCUCCAAUAAAGUAUCCUGAUAUGGAUCCUCCAGUCAGUCCGGCAUGUGUUUCUGCGGUUCAAGGAUUUCUUGAACGCGAUAUUUCUCGUCGUUUAGGAUGCGGUCCCAAUGGGUUUGCUCUUAUUCAAACACAUCCAUUUUUCCGAAAUAUUGACUGGCCUGCGUUAGAAAAUAAACGUAUAAAUCCAGUUUUUAAACCUUCAUCAGAUCGCAUCAACUUUGACGCUACUUAUGACUUAGAAGAAUUACUUCUGGAGGAACAACCUUUAGAGGCAAGAGUUAGACGUCGAAAACCAAAGAGACGUAAAGAUGGUGAAGGAGCUGAAAAUUAUCAAUUAAUUGAAGAAAAAUUUAAGACUUUUGAUUAUACUAUUUUUGAGAAAUAUGAAGGAUGGGUUAAUCCAGUAACUAAAUGUGUUGCGGAUCCCCCAGGAUGGGUUAAACCCGCAGCUGUUGAAGUUGCAAACCAAAUAGAAAGAGGAAGUCAAGAUGGGGUUCGCUCAAAUUCGAGUGAUAUUAAUAACUUGACAGGAAUAUCUUUGGACAAUAGAAUUAAAACUUGAACAUUUAUUUAUUUAUUUUUUUUUAAAAAAAAAUACCAAUUUUUUUUUUCUGGAAACUUU